AUCUCUGGCCCGAUCUGCGACUCCCCCUCUUUCUUUGUUCUCUGAGAAACGACGACGCCGAAGAAGAAGAAGCUUACGGCGGAAGAAGAUUUGGCUGACGACGACUACAAAAAGAUGGUGAAGGUUUUGACCUACUUUGGCAUGACAUUGGCAGCGUUCGCCUUUUGGCAAUCCAUGGACAAAGUUCAUGUCUGGAUCGCUCUUCAUCAAGACGAGAAGCAAGAAAGAUUGGAGAAGGAAGCUGAGGUAAGGCGGGUUAGAGCAGAGCUGCUGCGGAAAGCUAGAGAGGAGGAUCCUCUUGCCUGAUCUUCUUUUUCUCAAGGAAUCAUAUCAGAUCACUUCUUCCUGCACAUUUUUUCUUACUUUUGUGGACCAAAAUUGAGUUUGCAUAAAAUAACAGUACCAUGUAUGCUUUUGAAUGUGGUGGGAUGAUGAUGAAUAAUGGCGUUUUUGUUGUUCUUCUUAACUAAUGAAGUACAACAAGUGGGAAGUAUCAGCAUUUUGUUCUGUUUUUUUGUU